CAGAGUUUUCAGACGGCGAUUGGGAAACAGGCGCCGCAGCCAAUCACCUUCCAGCGCGUGUGCGCCUUCUCCCGCCUCCCGCCGCCCGCCCGCGGGCCGCACCUGAGGGCGCAGGUCAACCCUCCGCCGCGCCUCCGUCUCCAUCACUCGAGCUCUGACGGGAGGCGACGAUGCACCGAGGCCUGGUUCACCCGAGCCACGUGCUGCUGUGGCUGCUGUGCGCGCGGACCUCUGCGGAUUUGCCCUCGUGCUCAGAGUCGGAUUAUCACUUUGAGUACACAGACUGUGACGUACUCGGGUCACGAUGGAGAGUGGCGAUUCCCAACAAAGCCAACACAUGCACGGGUCUACCAGAUCCCGUCAAAGGCACUCAGUGCACCUUCUCCUGUACUGAGGGGGAGUUUCUGGACAUGCAGUCGCAGGAGUGCAGGAAGUGUGCUGCGGGCACCUACUCUCUGGGCACCGGCGUGGCCUUUGACGAGUGGGACGGCCUGCCGACUGGUUUCAUCACCUACGGGGAGACGACGAACGGGGGGGACAGCCACACAGACUGCUCCAACUCGACCUGGACACCAAAGGGUGAACAUGUGGCCUCGAACGCCGAUGAGUGCAGUGCAGUGUUGUCCUACGCCGUGAGUCUGAAGAAGCCUGGGACGGUGACCUUUGAGUAUUUCUACCCUGACAACAGCAUCUACUUUGAGUUCUUUGUUCAGAACGACCAGUGUCAAUCUACGGACUCCCAGAACCGCUGGAUGAAGACCUCCGAGGACAACUGGAGUACAUACAGGAUUGAUCUGAACAAGGGCAACAAUGUGCUGUACUGGAGAACCACUGCGUACACUCUGCUGGGCAGUGCUGUCAAACCUGUGCUGUUGAGAAACAUUGCCAUCUCAGGUGUGGCCUACACAUCGGUGUGUUUCCACUGCAAGCCUGGCACCCACAGUGCUAAACCAGGAUCUGCCCGCUGUGCCCCCUGCCCUGCUGACACCUUCUCCACGAAGGGUGCCACUGUUUGCCAUCAGUGUGAACAAGACAAAUAUGCAGAGGCCGGUGCAGGGAGCUGCAAACCAAGACCAGCAUGCACAAGCAGUGACUACUUCUUCACUCACACCCCUUGUGACUCUGAGGGAAAGACGCAGCUCAUGUAUAAAUGGAUCGAACCCAAGACCUGCAAUGAGACCAUCAAAGGAGCGGUGAAGCUUCCGGCCUCAGGGGAGAAGAACACCUGUCCACCAUGUAACCCCGGUUUCUUUGUCACCAACUCCACCUGUGAACCCUGCACCGACAGGCUCUACUCAAAUGGAACAGCCUGUGAUAAGUGCCCUGUUGGCACGGAGCCAGUAGUGGGCUUCGAGUACAAAUGGUGGAACACGAUGCCGAGCAACAUGAAGAGCUCCAUCUUCAGACGAGAGUUAAGUGGCUCCGACCAAAGCACGGCAUGGGAGGUGGCUGGAGAGUAUGUUUACACAACCCCUGCGGAUCAGGAUUCAGACUUCCUGAUGCUCAUACUCAAUGUCCCUGGAUAUAGACUGCCGCAGUCACUGGCCAAAGACAGUGAAAUAAGUGAACUAUCUCACAUCACCUUCGUCUUUGAGACCAUGUGUACAGCUGACUGCAAAUUGUACUUCCUAGCUGGUUAUAAUCAGUGGAACAACGAUGUUGUGGAGCAGUGGACAGGCAGCAAAGGCAAACAGUCGUACUCCUACCUGAUCCAGAGCAACAGCACCGUCAGCUUCACUUGGACAUUUCAACGGACAGAUAAAUUCAGCAUUGAGAGGAAAUACAGUGGUGACAUUGCAAAGAUCUACGCCAUCCACAUCACCAAUGUCAUCGGUGGUGUAGCCUCACAGUGUCGCCGCUGUGCCCUGAGCUCCGAUAAGGCCAACUCCGCCUGUGUUCCCUGUCCGCGGGGGCACUACAUGGUCAACGGGACAGGGGUGUGUAAGAGAUGCCCGGCAAACACUUUCAUCAGGGCUGAGCAGCCUGUCGGAGAGGCCGCUUGUGUUCAGUGUGGUCCAAACACCAAGAGAAACAAGGCUUACUCAGCCUGUCUAAGUGACUGCACGCUGGAUGUGCACACGAGGGCGGGAGCGCUGCUGCACUACGACUUCUCCCCCCUGGCCAACGUCACCGGCUUCCACAGCAGCCCUCGCUUCACCAACAAAGGCCUGAAAUACUUCCAUCGCUUCAAUGUGGGUCUGUGUGGGGAAGAGGGCCGCACGCCAGCGACCUGUGCGGACAGUGCAACGGGGAGUGGGAGGGAGGUCAAAGGUUACGUAUGCCAGUCCACUGUGGUUCCCUCUGAAAUCAGGAGUCAGAGCACGGUGUCCUCCCAGCCCUUCCUCAUCGGUGACUCACUCAUCGGUGCGACCACUGACACGGAGCUGAGCAGCAUCUCUUCCCCAGAAUGGUUGUUCCCGUCUGCUUCCAGCCUGCCAGACGUCAUCUUCUAUUACAAGUCUAGUGAGACGACUCAGACUUGUAAACAAGGCAGGUCAGCCACCAUCAGGCUGAGAUGCGAUCCGGCGUUGACUGCCAAAGACCACAUCACACUGCCAAGUAACUGUUCAGAAGGGACGUGCGAUGGCUGUGUUUUCCACUUACUGUGGCAGAGCCAGCAUGCAUGUCCACUCUGCACCAAAGACCACUACAGAGAAAUCGUCAGCGCUUGUAUCCAGGGAAUACAGAAAACCACUUACGUGUGGCAGCAGCCGUUGCAGUGUUAUGGAGGAGUGGCCCUACCAGCACAAACAGUCAGCGCUUGUGUCAGUCUGGAUUUCUGGCUUAAGUUUGGUGUUACCACCGGAAUAGUCGCUGCUGUACUGCUCAUCAGCAUCAGCUGCUAUUUCUGGAAGAAGACACGCAAGUUGCAGUAUAAAUACUCCAAGCUGAUGAUGGACUCUGGGGGUAGAGAGUGUGAGCUGCCCACUGCAGACAGUUGUGCAAUAAUGGAGGGAGAGGACGCAGAGGACGACCUCAUGUACCUCACCAAGAAAUCCUUUUUCACCAAAAUUAAGUCAUUUUCACGAGAGAGGACGUCAGAUGGAUUUGAUUCAGUUCCACUGAAGUCGUCAUCUUCCCGCCUCCAACGAGAGGAGGAAGACUCGGAUGAUGAUUAAAUCAGAGGAUGAACAGAUGUUUCUACCAAAGAAACAAGAGAUGGUUUAACAUCAAUGCGGCCGCAACAGAUGUUUUUGUGGAGUCCUAGAAAAGAGACGGGCUUUGAAUGCAUUUUAUUUGUUACCAGAGAUUUUAGGAGAUUAAAAUAAUGUAAAGGGUGGCAAUUGUAUUUUGUAUUGAUUCCUAUAUUUAAGGUUUCCAAACCUAAUAUUGAAAUGCAAAGUCUCCAUAUUGGGGAUAUUCUGUAUCUUAGAAAAGAAUGGCGUAUUUCAAAACGAUAUAAGACCCAGACUGCGGAUGACGUUACACUGUUUGUAGAUGUGAAAGUCGAUGUACAUUUUAUUGUUUUACUGUUUUUCUGUUUUUUCUUUUUUGUUAUUCUCUUUUUAUAAGACCAGGAAUCUAGUUCCAUCUUGUAAUUUUAUUUGGCAAUUUGUGAAUUUUAUUUGCUAUGGCUUUUGAUAACUUUUUACGCUCGACUAAAGUAUAGAAUAUUGUUUUGUUUUACUGUGAGGUAAAGAUAUUUUCUAAACUGAAAAAACAACAAAUGUGCAUCUUUGAGUAUGAAUAUGUUAAUAAUAGAUUUUUACUAUACAUUGCUGGACCAGCUAUAUACAUGUGUUACUUUGAAGAUUUAAGAUUGUUUACCUAAAAAUCAGGUUCAAUUUAUAAAAAUACAAGUAAUUAUUUAAGAUGUAACCAAUAGCGUAUACAAUUAAUUAUAUUGUCUAGAACAUUAAAAUGGUAUUUACAUAUGAAUGCAUUAAUAAUACUAAUCUGAUUAACUCACUCACAAGGUCAUUUUUGCUGAUAACAAAAUUUGUACUUUUACAAAUGCCAACAUUUUGAUUUUGAUGGGGAACAUAGACAUAGUUUUUUUCUGGUUCUUGUAUUCAAAGAUCUGCACAAAGUCAUUCCACCACCAGUGGCGGAAGAUGUACCACAGUGUGGAAAUAAUCUGUGACAAGUAAAAGUCAUGCAUUCAGAAUUUUACGAAAAUAAAAGUGCAAGGGUUUUUCAGAAUCUAUCAGAAGUAUCUAAAGUAAAAGUUGUCAUUAUACAUAAUGGCCCUAUUCGACAGUAACAAUUCAUGUUGUAGCCGAUAAAGGUGGUGCUAAUUUUGACUUUUAUACUAGUCUAAUUCCCCAAAGUCAUAAAUUACAACAGUUAUUAAAUACACUCAGUUGGCACUUCAUUAACACCCAUUCAGUUUCAAAAAGUACACUGUGUCUAGUGGGAGAAUUGUAAAGUACACGUAAAGUACACGUAUCUCAGAACUGUACUUGAGUAUAAGGCUUGAGUAAAUGUAUUUGGUUACUGUC